UCGGGGUGGCCCGGGAAGCCGAAGUUGGUCGCUCCGGCUGCCCGCUGCCAGCCGAUGAGGCUCGGUGCCCGGUUGGGCCGGUGAGCUCGGGGCGCCCCAGGGUCGGCCUAGCGCGGAGCCCACCGUAGCCUACGGCCGCUGCCCACUCGUCCCCACCGCCCAGCGUCCGGCCCCACGGCCCACGCGGGCUCCGCAGACCCGGUGCUCCUCUGAGUCGUGCUCCCCCGGGUCUCGGGUCCCGCGGGGCUGGGGGGUUCAGAGUGCCAGCUUGGUCUGUUCAUCACCUGGAGAGCUCCUCUUCUUCCCGCGCCGCCCCGGACCCUGGAGUUCUGCCUCCUCCGAGGCUGCCGUGACCGCUCUCGAGGAUCGUCGGGGUUUCUGCUGAACGUCCCCCCAGCCCCCGAAAACACCCCAAGUUUGCACGCUUCGGCAAAACUGGAUAUCUGCCCUGCAGCGUGCACGUGUGUGCUUUGUACCUUUAGAGUUCCUGAAGGAUUUAAAUUUGACCCUAGUGGUUUUUUUGCACUGCACAGAAUCGGUUCCAGGAUAAAACGCUGUAGCACGCGGAGGCUGUGUUGCUCAGGUUGAAGGUUCAGAACAAAUGUGGAAAGAUGUUCACCUCGGAGAUCGGGGUUGUGGAAGAGUGGCUGUCAGAAUUUAAGGGACGGAGACUGCACAGCAGGUUCAACAGUCAGCACACAGAGGAAGCAUUUGGAGGAAAGACACUCCCAGAAACAUCUUUGCCAAAUUAUGCCACAAAUUUGAAAGACAAGAGUUCUUUAGUUUCAUCUCUCUACAAAGUUAUCCAGGAGCCACAGAGUGAGUUGCUAGAGCCUGUGUGUCACCAGCUCUUUGAGUUCUACCGCAGCGGGGAGGAGCAGCUACUGCGGUUCACCCUGCAGUUCCUCCCGGAGCUGAUCUGGUGCUACCUCGCCGUGUCAGCCAGCAGAAAUGUGCACAGCAGUGGCUGCAUCGAGGCCCUUCUUCUAGGGGUUUACAACCUGGAAAUAGUUGACAAACAGGGACAUAGUAAAGUAUUGAGUUUUACAAUUCCAUCUUUAUCCAAACCAUCUGUAUAUCAUGAACCUUCCAGCAUUGGGUCUAUGGCUCUGACUGAGAGUGCGCUAUCCCAGCAUGGCUUAUCCAAAGUCGUGUACAGCGGGCCCCAUCCUCAAAGGGAAAUGCUUACAGCACAGAACAGGUUUGAAGUGUUGACAUUCCUUUUGUUGUGUUACAAUGCUGCCUUAACCUACAUGCCCAGUGUUUCUCUUCAAUCACUGUGUCAGAUUUGUUCAAGAAUCUGUGUCUGUGGCUAUCCUCGACAACAUGUAAGAAAAUACAAAGGUGUAAGUAGCAGGAUACCAAUUUCAUCCGGAUUCAUGGUGCAGAUGCUAACAGGAGUCUAUUUUGCCUUAUACAAUGGUGAAUGGGAUCUAGCUCAGAAAGCAUUGGAUGAUAUUAUAUACAGAGCCCAGCUAGAAUUAUAUCCAGAGCCACUGCUGGUUGCUAAUGCAAUAAAGGCUUCAUUGCCUCAUGGUGCCAUGAAAUCUAGUAAGGAAGGUACAAGGUGUAUUCAAGUUGAAAUCACACCAACUUCCUCUAGAAUAUCAAGAAAUGCAGUUACCAGCAUGUCAAUAAGAGGUCACAGGUGGAAAAGACAUGGAGACACAGAAUUAACAGGUCAAGAAGAACUGACGGACAUAACUGAAGUUGACGAGGGAUUUUAUUCCAGGGCUGCGUCUAGCACCAGCCAGUCGGGUCUAUCAAACAGUAGUCACAACUGUAGUAACAAGACAAGUGUAGGAAAGAACCAGAGACGGUCAGGAGGAAGCAGAGCGGGAGCAAAAGAGAGAGAAACGGCAGGGGAGUCUUGCAGAGACCACUUUGCUGGCAAACAAACCCAGAGAGCCCAGAGCGAGAACCUUGAGCUUCUCUCUCUGAAGAGACUGACCUUGACCUCCAGCCAGUCCCUGCCCAAGCCCAGCAGCCAAGGCUUGGCCAAGACUGCGGCCACUGUGUUUAGUAAAUCCUUUGAACAGGUCAGUGGUGUCCCAGUCCCACGCAGCCCCUCUCCUGCCGUUGGCUGUGUUGCUGGGGCAGAUGCCCAUAGAUUUUCUGCUUGUAGUCUCCAAGAAGAAAAGCUUACUUACGUGUCAGAAAGGACUGAGCUUGCCAUGAAGUACCAGGCAGGUCCGCAGGGACCUCCCAGUAUUAGCAUCACUCUGUCUGCAGAUUAACUUGUAACUUCUUUCUCUCCUAUAAGCAGUGAAGCUGGAAAGAUGGCUUUGCUCCUUUAUGAAAGUCCCGAGUCCGUCAUGCCUGCUCCUGGCGGGAGGCCUGUGUCUUGACUUCUGAAGGCUCCUUGGACUAUGAAGGGAACAAUGUCUAGUUUGCAGUAAGCUGAGAUAUGGGCUUGCUAUUUCUUGGGUACCCUUUGCCCCUUGACUUGAGUUCUCUAUUCUUUUCUUCCUCCUUCCUGUUGCUUGUUACUGUUGCUCUAAGAUUGUCAGUGUCACAAUUCAUUUUUGCAGUUGUCUGAGUUGGUUCCAUCCUCGGUGAGGUCGUUUUUAAUACCUCAUAUUUUAGUGUCUGAGUAUUUGCCCUGAGAAGUCAAGGAGAGUCUGUGUGUGAGAGGACGCGGCUGUAGAGCCUGGCCUGAGGAGCGAGAGCAUGAAGCCCCGGUGACAAACAGGCGUGUUAGAGGACAAGUGCCACGUGAGCUCUGUGAGCACGUCUCCCCUAAGGUGAGGGCAGGUCCCUCACACACUGCGAGUUGCGGGCAGGACAGUUGCGAAGGGAAGGUGGGAGGGUUGCUGUUGGUGUCCUUAGAACGUUAAACAGCAAACUGAGAUUGCUGGUAGGUAACGUUGUCAAGUGUUUGAUCUGGAUUCCACCGGUGAAAGGCCCUUCCGGUUUCUAAAGUGUAACCAGCCACAAAGCUGCUUGACUCUGCUGCUCGACUUUAGAAGUCCUGGUUAGUUUGUAUUUUGGAGUUCAGAGCUCGCAUCCCAGAAGACUUCCUGGAAACCACUGUAAAUCUGGCAACACAGCUCCCAAGACACCAGUAUCAAGUGUUUAAUAGAGAAUUGUCUACAAAUGAAGGAAAUUAGAUAAUUUUUCAUCUACAGAAUGUGAUAAAAGAAAAUGAAGCUAGUGAAUAUGGACAAAGGACACUUGUGCAUUUUUAACUUAGAAUUGCUUGUGUUUGUCUUGUUAAAUUUAACAUAAGAAAGGAAGAAUGUGCUUCUUGUUUGUGAGCUUUAAGUGUUCUUGUUAUGUAGAAAGAAUAAUUCAGUUACACACCCAUCCUGCCAAUCAAACACCUGUACUAAGGAAGGUGAUAAGGCAGAAGCUAAACAAAUGUAGCUCUCAAGAACUCUGUGAACUUUGUGACCUCUGUGAAUUCUGUGGACUCAAAAGCUUGGUGCCUGUGGUGGUCUGUUUGGUUGGCUAAAGCGCCAAGAGGCUGGUGUGUUCAAGUAGUGAUUGGAGUGAGAGGAAGCAAGGUCAGUGGGAAAGACCUGGGAAGCUGACCACUUCUUGGUUUCAUUGACUCUUGGUCCACCAAGGUCUCCUUAUUCAUGGUCCCUAGCUGGGAUCACAAGAACAUGCUUGUGUUUCCCUUUUGAACCUGCAUGGGUCCAGCUCAUAUAGAGGACAAAACUGCACAUGUUGUAGAGUACGAAACAUUUACAACUGAGACACAGUUUUACAUGCUUCCCUACCAGGUUAAGCCUAAUUAUCCAAGACCUGUGCUUUUUAGCAUAAAUGAGUAUACCAUUUUAGUUUCAGUAAUAGAAUGAACUGUCGGCUUAAACUGUCCUCAAGUGUUGUAAGUAGACAGUAAAAUUAAUAGUGGAAUGAUUUAGUAGUAAUCUUGUGUAGAGUUGAAAAGGUUUGUAAAAUGUCACUGUGAAUUUCCUGUUGUCUUUCUGUAAUUCUUUAACAAAGAAUUUUUUUACACCUAGUUCCUAGCAGUAUUGAUAAUAUUGAGAAGACAUUGAAAAGAAUGUCAUUAGGCAAGUUGAGGUGUUUGCCUCAGCAUAGAAUAAGUUUAAAGAAACAUUAUCUGGCAUAGAGAGAUCAGGAUAAUGUUCAGCUACCAUAAUGAAACCUCAUUUUGAUAUUGUUGAAGACAUUUGCUACUCAUGUGGUUCAGAAACCAUUGGUGUUACCUGGUAUUUUAAUAAAACUUCACAAUUUUAGGGGCAGACCUAGUAAAUGAAAACUGGCAUUUUAGCAAGGCCCCUAGUGAUGCAUUCAUCUUUGUGAAGACAGUUUCAGAGUGCUAAUCACUUGUCUAAUGUGUAGGAGUCUCAGUGGUCUCCCAGCCCUCAAGCACAGAUUUUAGACACUAGAUUGUCAUAAUCAUCAUUGUUUUUGACGGCUAAUUAACUUUUUAAUAACAUCGGCACGUGACUUGUUAUACCCUCUCUCAUUCUUAAGUUCCUAGUCCUCACUUAUUCUGUAAUAAAACUGUAGCAUCUUCUGUUUCUCUUGUUGAUUGUGAAUGAAACCAGAGUGUCAGAGGCUGCAGGUUUUAAGUAGGACAAGCCCUGCCUUUGUUCUUGAACUGUUACAUGAUGCACAGUGUAUUUGCAUGUGUUCAUUCUCUUUACAAAAUCUGUAACAGCUUACACCAUGCAGUGAGUCAGAAUUUUUGCUCCAAAUGAUUUACACCAAUUGAUUCUCUGGAGUGUGGAGUUAUGUUAACAAUAAAUUCUUUUAUACUACUUUUGAUACUAUUUCAAAUAAGGAUUAUGUACAUUGAAAGCUUUUUAUAACAGUUGUAAAAGUCGGAUGAUAUUAACUAUGGCAACAAUUGUUAUUAUACUCACGACUCUUUCCCUACUCAUCUUUCAAAUGUGAAAGGUUGGGUAGAUUUGUGGGUCGUUUUUCUGUAAAGAUGUUAAGUGUAGAUAGACAUCUUGUGGAUCCAGAGUAACAGCUUUUACUAAGAGGAUUCCACACAAAACUGGGGUCCGGUACCCCAUAGUUCAGAUCUAAGAUUGGGUUCUUGAAUUCACCUGACCCUUGCAUUCUUAAAGCCGUGCUGCCUGGGCACUCCUGUGAAGCUGUGCCCAGCAUUAGUCUCUGAAAUCCAAGUUAAAAGAGAAGCAAAGUAGACUUUUCCAAGGGUCCCGCUGCCCCGGGGGCCUCCCUUCCUCCUCCAGGAGCCUCGGGAGAGCAUCUUGGGGUCACUGGGAAGAUGCCUGACCUGUCCCAUCUCUGUAGCAUCAAGAGCAGGAAUUCCCUAACAACUUGUUUGUUUUGAAAAGGCAGUGUUUCAUUACCCUUUCAAUUGUAAAGCACCCACUCUGCAAAUAAAACUCAGUUGUUAAAAGUUGAAUUAAAGGGAAAUACAUCUUUAAAUCAAAAUAGCUGAAAAGGGUCCCAGUUUAAAGGGAUUUCUUCCUAUUUUGGAAAAUCACAAUUAAAAUGUUGAAUGGUAAAUUAUAGAGUGAAGUAUUUACUCUGAAACAUGAUUGUAAGCAAAGAGUUGAAGUAAGGCAGCUUACUGUUUAGGUCUCCAGACACAUUACACAUCCAUAAAGGAAAGCACAUUAAGAAAGCAUAUGUUAAGUGUUGUAACAGAACGAUAGAAAGACACCGUGUUGGGUUCUAAGGCAUUGUAGAUAGAAAUUCAUGUACAAUAGUGUCUUCCCAGUCCCUGAGGGAAGGCUAAAACCCUGUCCUUUAGUGAGCACAAGUUUACACGUGUAGGUUUGCUGCUGAGCGCUGACACAUUGCAGAAUUGAGAUGUGUGCUUGACACCGUUGACAGCUUACCAGAGUGCGCAUGCCAGUGUGCGAGCUUCUGCACAUUUCCGA